CGCGUGCUUGGCGUCCUCGUGGUGAUUACGCGUGGAUUUUGUUCUCUGUAUCUGUGAGAAGUUCGUUUGCGUCGGUACUCCGAAACGAGGAACAGGACGCGCGUCGCGCAGAACGAGACGCAAACGCGCCGUGAACCAGCGGAUUCCCGUCGGCUACGCUUAUGAUCCCGUAAUCGGCUAUUUACUUUGUGCGAACAAACGAGAGGAAAACCAACGAUAUCAGCGGCGUCGAUCGACGCGUUCUGAGGGGGAGCAAAGAAUGAGCAAGGAAGUAAAUCAGGAUCAGAACAAAAGCAUGGAUAAGAAGGAGAUUGCUGAGGAAGAGAGAGAGAAGAUGCUGAACGCCGAGAACACGAAGCACACCGGCGCGGCACCUGCCUCCGAUUUGGAGUCCGAGGAACAGAAGCCGAAGAAGAAGAUACCGAUCGGCGGCAUCAAGAUGCCCGGAUUCUGUCGCACCAAGAGCAAGGAACCGUGCAAGGAUGAUGAGACAAAACCGACCGAAACUACGGACGCAGAAUCAGCCCCCGUGGUGACAAAGGAAAAUGAACAAAACGCUUCGUCCACGGAAAAACCCGUCACGCCCGCCAAGGAUUCCAAGGAGAAGGAAGGACGAAACGGAUUUUUGAACGCUAUUCGGUUACCUUUUGUUCCCUCUGUUUUUUCUAAGAAGAAAAAGGAAGCUGACGCUGAAUUGGGACAGACCGGUACCGCGGGGUUGGCGAGCGUUGAGACGCUCGACGACGGCGAGAAGAAUCCUAUCGCCAACGAAGACAAUAUGGAAACCGUGCGACUCGACGCGGACGACGCGACCUUGUCUUUCGGAGACAUGAAAUCGUCGAGACCUCCCUCUAGACAUUUCAUAGUAAUGUGCGCAACUGCGAUCAGAAAACACGCGAUCAUCUCAGCAGCGACCGCUUUGAUUCUUCUCAUCGUCAUCAUCAUCGUAUGUAUCGCCUGCGCCGGACCGAGAAAGGUCCCCGCUCAAUCUCUGAAGAACGACAAGUACAUCGACGCUGUCACGUCGUGCGGUCUGGUGCAGGGUGUCCUGGAGGACGGUGGCUACGCGUUCCGUGGUAUUCCGUACGCGGUACCGCCGGUUAACAAUCGUCGCUGGCAACCGGCUCAGCCUCUGAAUCGAAUCGAGCAUUGCUGGAACGGAACUUACCAGUCGCACAAUUCCUCCAACAACUGCUGGCAACGUGACGCAUCCGGACGCGUAGACGGCGUCGAGGAUUGUCUUUAUCUCGAUGUGUUCACCCCGGCGGUUCGAUAUGACUCUCCGUUGCCCGUAGUGGUCAUGAUUGGCGCCGAGACGCUGAGUGGCGGUUCGCCCGGAGUGAUGCAACCCUCGGCUAAACUGGCGCGCGUUCGCGACAUCGUGUUCGUGCGCCCGAACUUCCGAUUGGGACUUUUCGGAUUUUUGGCGGCCGAACCUCUUACCAGAGCGACUCAUCCUCCGACAUCGGGUAACUACGGACUGUCGGACAUAAUAACAGCUCUCCAAUGGGUGCAGUUGAACAUUGAUAACUUCGGCGGCAACAAAUCGUCCGUAACUUUGUGGGGACAUCGAGCGGGCGGCACUCUCGUAACAACACUGAUCGGUUCGCGUCGUGUCAAGAAUCUCUUCUCGAAGGUGUGGAUUUCCAGUGGUAGCGCGAUCUUUCCCGGCAAGGAGCUUCGCCAAUCCGAGCCGCUGAACCAAGAGUUUCUCGAUUCGAUCCGAUGCCAAGAUGCUGCUUGUCUAAGAUACAAAACCGCCGAGGAACUCAUGGACGCGGUACCGGAAACUUGGUACACUGGUAGCACAGGCCUGCCGGAGUCGAGGGAAUCCGGACAUGGUAAAAAGAAACACGAAUGGCUCGUUCUGGACGGCGUAAUUCUCCAGGAACACGUCGGUCACAUUCUGGCGCGGGAGGAGUUAUCAAUAAAGAUAGUGAUAGGCACCACUGCACACUCCGGCACACCAUCGCAGUAUCUGUCGCCGAACGUAACGCUUAACUCGACGCAAGUUGAAAUUAUCGUACGAGACUCCUUGCUUGGAACUUCGGGUCUAGCGGAAGACGCUCUUCAACGUUACAACGCCACGUUGAAGGGACUGGUCACGAUGAUCUCCGACAUUCGCGUGGUGUGCCCAUUGCUGACGGUCGCCAGGAUGAGGACCAAUAUACCAUUUUACGUAGCAACUCAAACGCGUCGGCACUUGGCCGAUCCGGAUAGCGACGCCGCGGCCAUUUUAGGAACCUACUCCGCUGUCAUGCCCGAAGAGAAGAGACACGUGUCGGCCAUGCAACAGUUGUUCAACUAUUACGUGUGGCAUGGUGACGUUCCACAGGCCGAUCCGACAGGCGCAAAGCGAGUUCUGGUCGUAGGUCAAGACACGCUGCUCGAGCAGGAUUAUCCUAACUGCGAUUUCUGGAUAGAGAAGAAUAUCGUACCCAAGUACGGCCGGGUCGAUUAAAUUGUAGAUUCUCGCGUUAUUGCGCACCAGAAUCUAGAAAGUUCAUUUUCCGGCAUUAACGCGCGCGCGUUAUCCGUUGGCUUUUCGGAAACGAGCGAAAUUGAUUAUACAGAUGUGACUACUUAAAUAGAUCGAUGUAAUGAGCGAUGAGAUGAACGCGGGAAUUAACAAACAAAGAUAUAAAUUAUGCCUUUGUGGUGCGACGUAUAAAGUAGUACCUGUCAAAUCAUGACAAUUAAUUAAUGUAAACGCCAAAAUAUAAAAUAGUGAUAGAAAGAAAGAAAAGAAGAAAGAAAGAAAGACAUUUAUGUAGAUAAUCGCGUAAUGUGCUAACAAAGUUUGAAUUCGUUCUCGAUGAUAAGGAAUAACAAUAUUUUACAAAGUAGCGCGAGCAAUGGAAAAUAAAUGUUGUUCUUUAUUAUCAUCCGUGACCUCCCUCUCCUUCUCCGAGAUAAAAGCGUGCGCUCGAUCAUAUAAGGCACGCGGAUUAUUAUGUAUGUGUAUAAAUGUGAAUCAAAUUUGUAAUAUAUUGCGUAAAGGCAGAAGAGUGACGUAGGUGUUGUGUAGACAACUACGCGAAGAGACGUAGCUUAUAGGAGAGAAAAGAAUCGACAAAGAGAGAGAAAGCGUGUUACAACGGCGCGUACAUAUAUUAAUAUCUACUAUUAUACACAUAUAUAUAUUCUUGUAAGAUGUGAAUAUGUAAACGGGUGCGAAAAGAGUAAGAAGAUAUCUCGCGUUUUCGAAGGUUUGUCAAAUUCGAACACGAAGAAUCAGAACAGAGUGUUGUUUAAAAAAGUUUUUUAACGAGUUACGAACGUUAAAGAAACAAUAAAAAAACAAUAACAAACGACACGCUUCGUUCUUCGUAUCAAGCUUGAAAAACGUGAGAUAAACGCGAAGAUACGUAAAUCAUUUCGUAAUAAUGUUACAUCUGUUAGCUAGUAAGUUAUCGACGUACAUGUAUUACUAUCUCGAGUGGGAACGAAUUUCGAUAUCUUUUUACACAACGGCGUUUUCGACGCGUGUGUUACGUAAAAAUCAUAGUUUUAAAUCUAAACGAUCUCCGAAGAAGAGGGACAACACGUGCAUGGGCGUCGCGUUUGUGGAAGCAAACUCUCAGAUGGAUAAAGCCUUUUUUUUUUUUUUUUUAAAUUGAGAUUUCUUAUAACAAAUUUAUUAGUAAUAUUUUGCACUGAGAAAAAAUUACUGCGACAUCAACAAAAUGUGUUCAGUUUGCAGCCAAUUGAAUGUUAUUUGAAACAUUUGUUUUUUAUUUUUUUGUCUUUUUUUUUAAUCUUAAAGAGGAAUUUAAAUAUAUUUCUUUUUUAGAUUGGAAUUAAAACAAACAUAUUUGGUUUCGAUAACCUUUAACUGCUGCGGUUGGAUUAAUAAAUAAGAUUUUCUUGAUUCGACGGUUUUUCUCUCUCAGUGUGUAAAUACGUAACUUAGUUUAGAAAACCUAGCUCGCGAUGGGAGAACUGCAGACUGAAUCACAAAUAUACACGAGAUCUAGUUAUCUAUCCAAUUGAGAUUUCUCAAUGCCUGCUUGGGUCAUUUUGGAUUAUGAGAAGCGGAAGAACUAUAUUAUAGUGAAUUUGUACAAAAAACACUCUUGUGUGUUUUUUGAUGUUGUAGGCAGUGACCAAAAUGCCUUUACACAAGAAGUUUGUACCAAUAAUACCUCAGUACCAUUUUAACAAUAAAAACUGUAAUUUCGUGUGUAAUCGGAACACAUUUUGAUCGGUAUUAAAAUAGUGGGAGAUUUUAUAUCUAUAAGAUAAUCUUAAUUUUAUCAUCGGAUAGUGUAUGAGUCGUUUUCAUUGGUUGCAUGACAUUGAUGAAUAAACUUAAGACAAUCUUAAAUAUAAAAUUCAACUAUGAAUAACCGGCUAUUAUUAUGUUUUUCUCUUCUCUUACGAUUUUCUGACGUCAUAAUCCAAAAUGGCUGCAACCAACUAUCGAGAAGCAUAUAUAAAAAAUAAAUCCUCCUUAGAGAGAGAGACUUUUUUUAUCUCAUUCAGAUUGAAACUGCCAGAUUUGGUAAUUUUUAUACGCAAAUACGGUAUAUAAACGUAUUUUAUCUAUACAUAUUUACUAAAGUGAUAAAAAUUUUAUUAAUACAAUAAAAAUUAAUUCUGAUUACGCGUAAACCUUUGAUAGAUCUUUUUCUGCGCGCCUCUCUUCCGUAAACGCGAUUCGUGUCCCAGAAAUGACAGAUAAUGAAGUAAACUUGAUAUUCCUCUGUAUUUGUAUAAUCUUUUAAGACUACCAUGAAAAUAUUACUCAAUGUGUUGUUAAGUAAUUUAUUUUCACUAAUAUGUGAUAAAAAGUAGCGUUUACACACACGUAAGAAAUCUGUAUGUUAUUUUAUUUCGUAGAUAGGUCAGUUUUUACGUAAUUAAUUUCCAUUAAUUUAAGAUCAUCUGCUCUGAGUAACUCGGUUAUCUGAAACGGAUAAACGUUGGAAGCGAGAAAAUCGACGCCCGAUCCGAACUGCUCUUUGAUGAUUGAAUGUCAAUGAAAUUCUCAAAUAUCGCGCCUAGAAUAGCCGUAACGGUAUUGUUCGAACAAUUAUAUUCUAAAUAUAAUUGUAUUUGGCAACGAAGCGACCUAAUGGUAACGAGCGUUAUAUGGUUUCGUAAGAAAAUUAUGUAAGAAUAGCACACACGCGUGAUUUUUAUAUUUUAUACACGUAUAUAUAUAUAUAUAUAUAUAUAUAUACACAAAAAAUCUUUUACUUACGCAACUCUUUACGAAAGAGUUAUUUUAUCGCGAAAAUUACGAGACACAAGUAUAAAUGUAUGUGUGUUUGCACGAUUAUCUCUUUUCGACUAAGUGAAAUAUGUGUACGUUAAAAUUCAAGCGAACGCAUAAGGUUGCGUCAAUUUUCUCCAGAAAAAAAAGAACAAUGUUGCACAUGUCAGUUCGAGAAAUAAAUUAUUUCAACACUCUCGGAUAAUCAACGGAGUCUCAUAACACAUAUCUAUUUAUAGAUUCCAGACGAAUAUCUAGAAACGCAUUUAUGUACACUAUCCAAAAAUGUAAAAAAAAAAAAAAAAAUUUGAUGUAGCUGUAUGUAUGUAUCGAACAUGUUCUGAAUCAGAUUUGUACCGACAGUACACGCACCUCGCCCGUGAGCUAAAUAAUCACGUGCAAAAAAAAAAUAACAGUGGCUGCCUAUUUUUUCUUGGAUAUUAGCAAUAUUAGAAUAAUUACAUUCCACCGAAACUUUUUCCACAAACGCCCGAAUUACGCUUGCUUCACUUGGACGAACUUUGGAGAUUACAUGUAAAUUAUUACACACACACACACACACACACAUAUCAUCAUAUAUUUAAAUUAUUCAAUUGAACUCAGAAUAUUGCGUUAUAUGAUAUUUCUACGUAUUUAUUUAUGAGCGAUUUAAGUUUUUUUGUAAGACAUAAGCGUAUGUAAUAAGUAUUCUUAAUGAACUAAUUUGUGUAUUAAUUAAAAAUUGAAAUAUAUUAGAUGUAAGUUUUUAAUUCUUAGUGUAUCACGCGAGAUACAGACGGUUCAUCGAUUGGUCUUGUGUACAAUGUAUGUGUGUGCUGCAAUAUUUUUUUUUUUUUUUUUUUUAUCUACACCGUGACCAAGUUUUAAGUAUCAUUUCUCCAGGAAAAUUUGAUUUGCGAGCCUCAUAUUUUUGAUAUACCUAUUAUAUAUAUUUGAUAAAUCUUAGACUGUGUGAUUUGUGAAUUUCGUAUAUUUCGCAUUCGAAAAAAAUUUGUUGAUAUUUGAUUAAAGCGUUGUCAAAAGGCCACCACUGUUUGAGGCUGUUUUGCACAUCUCGAUAUUUGUGCAGCGUGUAUUUGAUAUCUUUCGGGUUUUACUUAUUAUGUCACUAUCAAUCACGCUGUAAUAGACUUUUAUACUGUAUUCCGCGCAGUACCAUCAAUAAAAUUAUAUAUAAAAGUCAUAAAAGA